AUGUUAGGCCGUUUGUUGAGCACAGCUGCUUCAACACUAAAUCCAGCUGCCUAUUCUGGCAAGACCGCUCACCAGUUAGAAUCUGUCACCGAAGAAGAACAUACAUCCGGCCUGCUGUUCCCGGAUGCCAGCCUCCUCCGUCGAUCGAAUACCCAUGCUUAUCCGCUGCACACAACUUUCAAUUCCCCGAAUGCCUCGACUGCUGGUGCCUAUGAUGAUCGAGGAGGGGUGGAACUGGAUGCCUCCAAGGACUUUCGUGUGAUCAUUGCGCAGAAUGCGCUUGGAGAUCGAGAUGCUUGUAUCUUGCUGGAUACUCGGGCUUCAUCCCCGGAUUCCUCCCCCCAUGGUCUUGGCCUCGAACCGCAGGUGUUCGAAAACUCCGGCGCAAGACAUGCCCGGACCGUGUCAACCCUGACCAGAGGACCACGGCGAGGAUACCUGUCUCAAUCCUCAGCCGCCGAGCCGAGCCCUCUCUCGAUUGCCGCAGACGCCCGGAGGUCCCCCCCGAUAUCCUCUGGAGCGUUUGUGCGCGCCCGUGGUCGCAGCUCUACCUUUGCACCUAUGGGUGGUUCUCAUGAGGGCGGCCAGUCGCGCCACACUGCAGAUUCCAACGACACUGGAUUGUUGAACUGUAUUUUCGGAAGUAGUGCCUUCAGCUAUCGGGGGUCCUCAACUAAGAUGCACAUCAUUUCCGCGGACGAUGAGCCCAGCAGAACAGGCAGCGCUACCCCUUCCACACGCCAGUCUCUUUCCCGAGCGUAUACAACUGGAAGCCCAUCAGGCGGCGCGCCGACGAAUCGUGGCCCAGACUCGAAGCCGCCUUCCAAAGUCACUGUGCUUUUGACAAGGAUGUUCAGUGUCAAUCUUCCAGAGGCGGGUGAAAACUCUCCAGACCGAUACGACGCUUCAUCAAUCUACCAAGAGUCGCUUCCUGAAUCUGGGUUUCCCUUUCCAGAUGUCACAAAACGGAAGAAGAUCAAGGAGAAAAAGACACCGAUGUACGCAGUGGCAAUUACGAUCCAGAUCCCGUUACUGGGGCGUAAUUCUGGACGGCCAGUCUCUCGAUUCAGUACCCAAGGCUCGGACUCUCCAAGACCAGGCAUGUCCUGCUCGCUUGAUUCAGAUUACCGUUGGCGCGCCGGGUUUCUAGAUGACAGUCUGUCCGUGGCAUCCCCACCGGCCAGCUUGGAUGAGCGUAUCGACUUGUUGGUUGAUCACUGGGACGUGAUCAACCGUACACUCUCUCAUCUGGAAAGACUUUCUAGAAAGGAGAUCCUUUUCCUCCUGAAAAAGGUUGAUUCAUCAGGGAUACAUCCAAAACCCGCCAAACCCCCGAACAUGCAACGUACGAACCAGACGAUCGUUCAUCUUCCAGCCAACAUACUUUCUGUGAACUCCAAGCUCAAGGAAGAGGCUGUUCGCAGCACUCGACGUAUCAGCACGGCUCUUCAAACCCCAUACGUCGUGACAGGACAGAGUCGAUGGGGUGUCUGGAGGGAAGAAGGUCGCUCCAUUGUUCGCAAUAUUGGCGACAAGGAGCAUAGCUUCUUCUUCCUGGUGUUGAUCACUGCAUUCUUGGGCAACCAUACAGAAUGGCUUAAUGCACUGGGCCCAGAAUGGUACCGCCGGCGGCAUUAUCUGCAACAAAAGGCGCAGCAGCAGGAGUCCGAUCCCAUCCUUGCCCACCGUACCGUCAUCAUCUCUCCGGAUAAGAUGACUGCCCGGCGGCUCAUCUUUCUGUUGUCUGCUUUCCUCCCACCGAAACAACGCUUCGAGCCACUCCCGUCCCCCCUUCGUCCCGGCACCUCGGCGUCUACCCGUGCUGUCUCGCAGAGUCCGCCUAAUGUACCCGUCCUGCGCCAGGAAUCUCUGCGACGAGCAAUUGAACGGCGGUCCCGUGCCCAACGGUUGACUCUCGCCGACAGGGAUCAACACCACCGAUCCGUGAGCGUUUCGUCCAGCGAAACGGCUCAUCGUUCCACGGAUGAUGUUGACCCUCUCCUCGCAUCGGAAUUUGCCAUCAAUAGGAGAGGAUCAGAUGCUCGCUCCAUCCGGACGCUUGGUAUUCCCAUAAAUGCGAAGGAUACUCGCAAUAAGAACACCAGCAUGGCAACCACGUCUACAGCUACUCCUGGCAGCACUGUGCCGGUUCCUCAUUUUGCUUCCCAACGUCGACUAGAGAGGGAGAGUUCCGAUCCGUCUGUGCCCGAGGGAAACGACAGCCUAGCAUCCGAGAACCUGCUUAAAAACCUCCAAAGGAGUGAGAGUUCUCUGCUAAGCGGGAAUAGCAGUGUUCCUUCUGCCAGUGGUCGAUGGGGUAGUCUGUUCUCGGGCCUUUGGAGCUCCCGUCAGGAGACUUCUUCCACUGGCAGCGAGGUGGUCUCGCCGGCAGAAGCCCGUCGACGUUCAGUGUCUGUAUACCAAAAUUCACCAAAGCGUGGCCCCCCUACUUUGAGCCAGAUGGUCAAAGAGGUUUCUGCAGUAGAACCUGAAGACGAUCCUAAAACCACCACAAGUGGGAACAUCUCCAUCCCGAACGCGGCGAAUGCCCCGCGUGAUGAAGAUGCACAGGAUCUUUCUUUAUCAACCUGCCAUACAAGGGAAUCGUCUCUGAAAUUGUCGGUGCGGGGAGACGACGGAAUUGUGGAUGUGGACCUUCCACUACCUGGUUUCGUUUCCUUGUCUUCCUCGACUGAAUCGACUAUGGCGUCUCCCAAAAAGACACGAACUUCGGUUACUAGCGUCGAUGCUCUGGCAUCGACUCAUAGCAGCGGAUCUGGAUUCCACCAUGCACCAAAGGAGACUGACGGCCCCAACAUCAAUGUUGCCGGCUGGCUGAGAUAUUUCCAUGAAGAUUUCCUGCUUCAGGCUGUACGGCCGUAUCCCUCGCUGGAGGCUGAUAUCAAACGUGCAAUGCAGGCGGAGCCCACUCCCAGUCACGUCUUCUUCCCUGAUGCAGACAGCUCGGAGAGGUGGGUAGAUGUGGCAACAACUUUGGUCGCGGACGCCAGGACGUGUACGGUGAAACGGUUGCGACUACGGCGUAAAGCUGUCAGUUGGAAGGGACCGGCAUCACCAUCUAUCGCCUCUCAGCCGGGGACUCCUCGUCACAUUCCAGCUAGUGAAGGCUCAACGUCUCACAUGAACAGCUCCUAUUCCCCAGCUGCAGCGCCUGGGAAGAUGUCGCCGAUUGGCACCCCUGACGAAUAUGACCCGGAGGAGUAUGAGGAGCGAAUUGUGGAGGAACCGGUCAUGGACUUGGACGGAACGCUGGUGGAUGCUCUCGAGCGCGUUCUGGCGCAGAGCGGACCCUCAUCGCUCGCUCCCACACGAGCCCCAUCUCCAUCACGCUCCCGUAAAGGCGACGACAAGCCCGCCCCGGAAGCUGUGGCCCGCGAUGACAUGCCGCCUCCACUUGAGGUUCCUCGCACUGAAUGUCGGAAACUGGUCCUUGGGGCUCUUGAAGAGGUAGUCCGGAGUGUGACGGCUGAACACUGUCGUGAAGACGUCGAUGGGGAGCUUGGCCUCGACAGAGAACGCAAGCGGACGUUGGUUGGCCCCGACAAUACCCUCCGAGAAGGGGUUCGCAGAUGGCUUCUUGAUGUCGAAGAGGCGUGGUAA